AUGUCCGUGCACGUCGACUUCCCGCAACGCGAUGAUGACCCGCAUCGCACACGCUGCAUCGCUGACGACGCAUCGGUGACCGCAGCACCGCCCACUCCCGCGCUGCCAUCCUUCGCUUUGGCGGAGGAGGGCCGCUCAAAAGGCGAGUUCUGCAGCUCCGCAAUUCAAGUCUUACUCGCUUUCUUACAUCAACAGGCAGGCACUAUUGUAGAGCCUGUUGUGUCGUCGGGCAAGUCUCUCACUGCGACUACUCCUUCUGCUGCGCUGACCUACCACCACGCCAUCGCAGCGCUGAUCGACGUGCAGUCUAUGCUAGACUCCUUUACGUUGAAGGCAGCGACGACUUCAGCGGCAGUGAAGGCAACCUUGACGAGUGCCAUGAUAACGGUGCUGCUAGGCGAUGGGCGCAGCAACUCUCUGCUAGAGGUGCUAAGUGCGUUCCCUGCGGAAGUUGGAGGAAUGACAACGCUGACUCCCUCUUUUUGCGCUGCAGAGCUGAUGGCUCGCACGGUGGAUGCCCUCGCGUGGGUUGUGGAUGCUGUGUGCGCGCCGCUCGUGGAGGACCUGACAAAGAGCGGCUUCCAUACGACCCCGAAGUGUGUGGCCGUGGAGGAGAGAGGUCUUUGGAACGAACUAGUGGCACAUGAAGAGGUGCUGCUUCACUUCGCGCGCGUCGCUCUCGCACCCGCCUCGUGUGAAGCUCAUCGGUGGGGGGCAGCGGUGUGCAGUUAUGUGGUGCGUACAGUAGACGCUCUCCUGCAAACUUGCUUUGUCAUUCGCAGCUACGCCAAUCGUCGGCCAAACGAGAAAGUGGAGGAAAAUGAAACGGAAGAAGAUGACUCGCAUCAGCAGGUCCUUCUCACCGCCUCGCGGCUUGGGCAGCAGCUGACGGCAGACGAUACGUUGCGACGCGUGACGAAGCUACUGCAGAUGCCGGUGCAGGUCCUGGACGAAAUGGACGUCUUCACACGUAAGUCGCACACGGUUUGCUACGAUGUCCUCCGUCACGGCGCGCUCUCAGCGGCAAAUGAUGAAGACAGCGUGAUAAACACGGCGAGGAAAGAAAUGAUGUCCGCCUCUGCUUCAAAGCUUCCGUGGGCCCCGCUCGACAGCACGCGUCGACCGCAGAGCCCGUUAGAGCUCUACACCUGCAUUGUGUCGUAUCUCUCUCACGCAGCCGCGUAUCGCAACACGUGUCUACCAGAGGCGGACCGCAAAGAGAAUGCCGUCUGCUCCGCCGUUUGCAAGGCGUAUGUGUGUGUCCUCGAGCGAGCACUGCAAGCAGGGGAGACGGCGCUCACGGCUCCGUCAGUGCAAACACCGACGGCAGCAUCACCAUCACCGACAACAGCCCAAGAAGGGCACGUGUCUGCUCCUGUGGAGUACCUUUCCCCGCGAAUACCUCGAGUUGGCUGCUACUCGGCAACGCGGCGUUUUCUCUCCCCGCUGCCCUCCCUGGAGGUAGACGUGGCAGACUCCGAGCCAGGCUCGCUGUGCGAGUCGCCGGUGAUGAACACGCAAGCCGGCGUGCUGGACAAGGACGACUGUCGCCCCCUGCGGCUCACACCGGCCGCCAAUGACGCAGACGAACUCAAUACCCUCGGUACGGUGACCCACAGCCGUCGAUCCAGCAAAUCGCCGGCCUGUCCGGCAAGAGUUGCGGGCGCGGAGACUCCCUCGAGUGACGAGUCAGCAAACCCUGCCACUGUCGCCAUUCCGGCGCCCGUCGCUGCAGCGUCGACGACGGAGUCCAAUACGGCAGCAAGUAGCCCCGCGAGGGACAGCUUUGGAGUCAACGUGCCUUGCCUCGAUCGCGGUGCCGGCGGCGCUCAAGACGGCAUGCUGUCCAACGCGAUGACGUUGGCCGGCAUGACCGACGCAGAGACGGCGUCCUUCGGUGGCGAGAGUGCCGGUCGCGCUUCCCUUGCCCGCGCGCGACCCAUGGCGAUCACCAGCGCAGCGGCACCAGCAGCAGCAAUUAUGACGGCGGCAAUGCAGAGCAACGCGGGUGGGAAAAGCCCCAGCACCCUUCGCAGCCGCGUGCAGCGUGCACUGGUCAAACCGACCCCCUCGCCGAGCCCCUCCUCUUAUGGAGGCUCUCUCCCUCUCAGCUCCGUAGCACCACGGCAGGGCGGCGGCAGCGACGCAGCGCCGAUCCGGUCGGUGUCUUCGUCGCGUCCGCAUCUCCUGUGCAAAUCUGCCAUCAGUCCCACAAACUCUUGUGAACCCUUUCGCCCGUCUGUAGCGAUGGAGCCGUUCUCGCUGACGGCGCACGGCCCGGGAAGCCUUCUGCAUUACGGCUUGAGCAAGAGCAGCUGCUUGCAGCGCGAACGUCAGACCCGAAUGCUGACGGAAGCCGCUGCCGCUGCUGCCUUUAUGUGCCCUACCCCUGUGCUGCGCAGCGCCUACCCUUCGCACGUCUUGCUCACCAAUGAGGUGCUGACCUCCCUUGCGCAUUUGACGAAGCCGAACACGUGCACUGAGGAGUCCAUGGCGGCGCUGGUCGACGCCAACGUGCUGACCGUGCUGUCGCAGCUGCUGGAGUACCCCGGCAACACCGUGCAGGAGGUGGUGACCCCCACCCUUGAGCACUGUUUUGCUUUUUGGGAGUCCAUGGUGUCGCAGAGUCCGGCAAAACUGUUUCACCUGUCGGCCCAGGCACCGGAUACGAACUUCGACGCGAAAAAGCAACGUGAAGGGACGACGCUGUCUAGUAACGAAGGCGAAAGCGAAGAAGCCGCCUCAGCGCUGCCAACUCCUCUCCGUGCCCUCCUGAAGAUCUUUUCCGAUUUCCUCGGCUGGGACGGCGAAGCUUGGGCGCUGCUACACGCGCAGUACAUGGAGCGAGCGCUACGGCUGCUGAUCGACGUACUGACAUACAUCAAAGACGCCACCUCUGUGACACGCAAAACCGCUCGCCAGUGUCUCGCCCACCUUACACUGAAAAGCAACAAAAGUUCCGCCUCGCGCUUGCUGGCGCAGGUGGUCGACUACCUUCUGCGCCGCGGCGCCGUGGCACACAUCUGGUGCUGCCUGUCAACAGACGCCACACAAAUUCCUGGUGCCAUGCGCAUGUCUUCUCCAUCCUCUUCGCCCACCACAGCAGCCGCAGCAGCGAACGGGCGGGCCCCAACUCCGGUGCCUGAGGAGAUUUCUAUCGAUGGUAACGGAUUUUGCGUAUAUAGUACGACGGCGCGGCGCCCACAUGCCUUGCUUUCGGCAGCGCAGUGCACGGCCGUGCACCUGCUGUACACCUUGGCGAAGUCGUUAGACUGGUCCUCGGCAAAGAUCAGCGGGGCUCGAUCUACCGCGCCUCUCGAUGCCCCUGUUCGGAAUUCGGACAGGGGGAGCGAUGGCAUUGUGCCGGAUGCAGCAACCUACCGUUACUUCAUGGAGGAGUCUUUCAAGCACCUGCCAGCCUGCGCCAACUGUCUGCGACGGUGCACCUACACACGCACUCAGUCACACCCUAUCGUGCCGGCCGAUCACGAGGCGCUGAGCCGCGUGCUGCAUGUCCUGCGCAUCCUCUUCGCAGCGAUGGGGGCGGGGGUGCAGGGGCCAGGGGGCGGUCGCGACGCUGUGCCAGCUAUGGAGCGUCGUCAACGAUGGGCACAGCAAAUUGCCGACUCGCAGGUGCUGGAGAUUUUAGCGCACAUCGGCACUGCGGCGGAGCUCGUGCGCUGCGAGCUGCCUCGCCUCUGCCUCUUCACACUGCGCAGCUACUUCGAUCACGUGCACGUCCUUGCGGACAAUCCGCUGACCAGGCCGGUGCGGGGCAGCGGCUCUACACCACCGCGACUCUCAUCCGCGUUACCGGGUGUCGAAGCAAAAGCAGCAGCUGCAACAGGAACUGCAGCAGCACAUCUGGCGCGUGCACAGGCUGGCAUGGCAGCGCUUCAGGCUCUUGUCGUCGAUCCACCACCGCUUCCCGUCACUGCAGGCACCGCCACGUGGGGCAGAGAGGCGCUGCGGGAGAGUCUGCUCGUGGUUUUGCUGGCACGCAUGCAGCGUCGCUGUGCGGGCCAGUCCGCCAACGCCUCCGUCCCGCAGCAAAUGGAGGUGUACGCCUUACUCACUGACGUGUUGGGGAUGCUGGUGGACAGUCUGCCGACGACGCCGGCGGCGACGUCUUGGCCUGAAGGCGGGACAGCGAUUUUCGAUGCGGCCGCUGCCGCCGAGCUGAUCAGGUUGACGCAGCAUGUCGUGUCCGCGGUGAUCGGCUGUCAUCUAUGGAGCGGGUCUGCGCAGGAGCUGCGCUAUUUGAACCCACGCGACACGCCACCUGUAAAGGAGGCGUUGCGGUUUUUGUGCCGUGUGGCGCAGGUGGUAAAUGGGAGCGUGCAGGUGUUGAGCUGUGCGGCGCCGUCGGACCAGGGGAGCGCCUCCUCAACCGCAGAGAUCACCGGCACCCUCGGGAGGCACAUGGCGUCCGUUCUUCUCGCAGAGUCGAUGAGCGUGACCUUCGCCUUUCACGUCGUGACGAUGGACCUCCCACUGGCGCUUGCCGGUCUGAUAAACGGCAAGCGAUGGCAGAUGUGUGGAAAGCAGUCGAGCCCGCCGCCGCCGCCGCAGCGGUCAGGCGCGCUGAGCGGCGGCAUCAGUAACGGCAGCAAUCGCACAGACAACGGUCACGCAACAUCCUCCUCUUCCGCUCCCAGCUCUACGCAGAUGACGCUGCAUGCGACGGCCUCGGUGGCCGUGACGAUGACGCCGCCGUCGCCGUCGCCUCCCAUCUUACCGACGCCGCAGCACGCGGCGAACGAGUUCGACGACGAUGACCGCCGCGAGACGUGCGAGGUGGCCGCGUCCGCCCUCGUGGAGCUGCUGUCGUCGGUGCGGCGUGCGGAGGCGCUUCUCGGCUGCGCUGCGGUGCUCAGCCCCGCCAUGCUGGGAACGCUGUCGCGCCGCAGUAGUGGCACAUGUGGUGGUGGCAGCGUGCGGACUGGAGGUUCUGGCGCUGCCGCGGAGACGGCAGAGAGUGCUCGAGAGAUGUCCGCCACCACCGCCUUCAUUUCCCCCUCCUCGAGCCAAAGCUGUUGGGCGCAGGGCGAAGCACCACAUCAGCUGGAUGUGAUCGUGGUGCAGAACGCUGCAGCUGACUUCGCGGGGGUGGUGACGUCGAGGGUUUACCCGCUGGCUAUCGCGGCCCUCGCCGGGUCGUUGCCGUCUCCAGAUGACGACUCCCAUGAUACGGACACAAGGUCACCAGGGGAGCAAUCCGCGUCUGAUAGCACAGGUCUGCAAAGCCUCACGACCACCUUGUCUAACGCGGAGCCGGAAAGCGACGAUCCUCGCAACUGGCGUCAGACGGAGCUGCAGUGGCGCCGACGUGUUCCGCUUCUCCGCACGGCGAUAAAGGACGCACUCCACGUCUUGGAUUUGGACGUGCUGGACCACUAUUUGGACCUUCGUCGGCGUCAUCAAGCGUACUUCUACCGCACGAAAACUGGGACAUACACAAGCCGUGACGACGAAUCGACAUCUGCGGAAGAAGGGAUGGUGGUCCUGGCCACAGAGAAGAAACGUUAUCUUGAGUCUCUUUAG